AUGGCGGGAACAUUUCCACGAGGAGGAGGAAAAUAUUUCAACAAUUAUGACGAUUACAAUAGUAUGGGACGCUAUACUCCGAGUAAUCAACCAUAUCGGGGCAGCGGCCCUUACUAUAAUCAUCAGUACGGUGGUGGUGGUGGUGGAGGCUAUCCGCUUCGAUCACGAGGAAUGCAAGGACGUGGUGGCUUCAGCGGUGGACGCGGGAACUACUACGGAAGUCAGGAGCUGCAACGAAGUGAUAGUUAUCAUCAUGAUGAGAGAGACAAGCCAGCCCCUAUCACACGUUCUCGUACGGAGUCCACAGCUUUCGAAGCCGAAAGGCGUAGAAUGGAAUUGUCGAGGACGUCAUCGCGAUUAAGUACGAGUACGGAGGAAGUUGACAACCCUACGCCAAGAGUAGUUCCCAAGAAACUCACCAAUAAAGAUAUUUUUGGUGAAGCAAAACCUGUCGACACCUCGGAGCGACUUCGUGAAAUAGAAGCGAAGCAAGAAAGAGAGCGAAUGCUUGAACAACAAAAAUACAAAGAGGAGGCUGAAGCAGCACGUUUGGCUGCUGCAGCUGAGCGCACAGAUGGUUUACCUCCACAUCAAACUCCACACCAGUUUCCUAUACACCAUGGUCAUAUCGCACAUCAUGCCAAUCAUCAUCAGUACCAUCACGCUCCAUCACGACAGGGCCUCCCUCCUCAUGCACCG